AUGCCGUUUAUGCUCAUGAAUUUUUAUACUCAACUCCUUGGGCAUGCGCUCAAUGCUACCCCAUUAUGGUCGCCCAAUCUAUGCUCUCCUAUAGAGCAGCCAAUAACGAUUUCGAUUGAUAAUACUUCUGUCUUCGUCCCUGGAGGUAGCAUGCCUCAAAACGGUUUCUGCAGAACGGAGUUUAUCGCGCAAAAGUAUGGGAACCACACCGCCUUGAACGCUAUCACUGAUGUAGGAACCACUGUGUUCCAUAUCGUCUGGAUUGAGCCUAAUGAUGGAACCCACAUCUUCAAGAUCCAACUCGGUUCACCUUUCACCAUCCCCACAGGGACUGUACCUGUAUCUGAUGCUCGAUUUCUCAAAGUUUGCAACCAUGUGCUUGACCUCCUGUUUGAGACGCCUUUUACAUCCCACAACUGGCAUAACUUCACGGUCCAGAUUGACUGGACAAAUCUUACCCUUGGCAUCUUCCAUUCUACCAAUGGAGAGCCACUGAAGGCUGUCACUGGCCUUGUGGAGAAUUCAAGCACUUCACCCGGUGCAGCUGGCCAGGGCGACUAUCAUUUUGGUGUACUAAAGCUUCUGCUCGUGGAUCCCAAUGAAACAGCUGCGCAACAGGGUGAUGUCGUGCAUUUUGGUAUCCAGGAGGCUGAUACCAAGGCACUAACAUAUUCAGGGGUCUUCAUUGAGGGCAUCACUGGAGGUGUCAGUGCAGGAUGUGGGAAAACUAUCACUCCAGUAUCUUGA